UAGAGAAAAAAAAAAGAAAAAUGGAAACUCUCUCCUGCCGAUGACUAAACUCUGCCGGCGAGUUUCCAAAUUUGUUUUUUUAUUAUCAUAUUAUAAUAAAUAAUAAUAACAACCACAAUAUUAUAUAAAAUGAUAAAUAUCUCUGUUCAUAUUCUUUGAGAUUGUUGUUUGAUUAUUUCUCCGUGUUGAACAGUCAAAAGAGAAGCAAAACAUUAUUAUAUUUGUUUUAAAAAGCAAAGAAGUCAUUUUUUCAUUUUUCCUGUGGCAAUAAUUUCAGUGCGCCACUAAGCGUUUACAUUGACACAGUGGUGAAAAUCAUCUUUUCGUAAGCAAAGUUUAAUCUUUUUUGGUUUUUUGGGUUGCGAAUUUGACUCUGGGUGGCCUCAUAGAAUGAUUCAAGUUCAUUCAAUUUCGUGUAAGUAGGAUUUUUUUUAUUUUUUAUUUUUAUUCUUUUGGGAUUAGAGUAACAAAUUUGAGACUUGGUCUUGUUUGUAUCUUUGUGAGUUUGUUAGAUUAUAUGUCAGAAUUGGGGUCUAGAUUUUAUUGGAUAGUUGAAAUUUCUGAUGGUGACAAGUUUUUGUUGAUGCGGCUAAUAAUGGUGGGAUUACCGAUUUUAGUGUAAAAAGGAAGAGCCUUUUUUGGGUUGAUGAUCAACUGAUCAUAUUGUUUGAUAAUGGGAAAUCUCUGUGGAAAGCCUCCGGCAUUAGUCAAAGAUAGUGAGGAGACUCCGAGGGGGAGGAAAUUAGUUAGAGCUUCAUCAGAAUUGGAUGUGACCAGAAGAAUUGGUUCAAAGGGACAGGAGAGCUUCCGGGUGAACAAGAAAUUCAGUAGUGGGGAGAUAAUACCUCAGAAGAUUCAUUUGAAACCAAAUGCUUCCAGAAAAGUGAGAGAUGAUCCCUAUGAGAAGAAUAGGGAGUACAGUGGAAUUCUUGUGUAUAAUCAUCCAGGGGCAGGGGUUAUUCCUAAAGCUUCAGAAGGUGAACUGAUAGCAGCAGGAUGGCCAUCUUGGCUUGCUUCUGCUGCCGGUGAAGCUAUCGUAGGAUGGAUUCCUAGGAAAGCAGAUACUUUUGAGAGAUUAGACAAGGUAAUGAUCUGUUACUACUUAAAUGGACUGCAAGGUUGCAAAUUAGAUGGUCUGUUUUUUUCUGUUGUUGGAUGUAACUUUAGCUUAGUUGUUUUCCAUUUCUCUGUACAAAUGUCAUGUAGAAAAUUGUCAAUUUUCGAGGUGAUACAAUGUUUCAUUGUAUUGGGUGUUGUUUGGGUUUUGUAGCGUAAUUGUUGGUAACAGAUGAAAAGAGUUCUUCAUUUGUGUCAUUAACCGGUUUUGAAGUGUAGGUCUUUAAGAUGAUUCAUAUCUGUUUGUUUAUUUGGCCUUGAAUAGGAAUGUGUUUUCCCAUGUUUAAUUACUAAAGAAUUACAGUUGCAGAGAUUAAUCUUAAUUAGUAAAGGCUUUCUUGUGUGACUGAAAUCUAUGAUAUAGUCUAGAUUUGAGCCCUUAACUACAGUUCUCUUGUUUGUCAUCUUGCUGCUUCUCUGUAAAAGGCUUGAGAAUAGUAUUUCCAGAUUUGAGAUCCUACUGAUUCACCCAAUGUGAGUGGAAGGAUGCGCAAACUCAGUCACUUAUGGUUUCUGAUAGUAGGAAUUUGAAUCUUGCACUUUUCACGUAAUACCAGAUCUCACCUUCAUUUUAGCCUUUGACAUCCAACCUCGAUAUUUCAUUCUCCCCAUUACGGUGUCUUAUCAUAUAGUUAACUUGAUUUUCAAUGUCUUCCAUUCUGUGCCGCUAGGUUGUCUUCUGCUAUUUCAUGCUUCUCCCUAGUAGUUGUUUAUCCAUCUUCAUUGCAUCAUAUUUUUACUUAUUCUGGAAAAGGAAAAGGGGGAGGUAAGGAUUUAUAUCUUACAAUGUCAUCAAUUAAAUAUAACUCGUUCUGAUGGAUACAGAGGCCAAAAUGAACAUGGUUAUGUGGAGGGAAAAAGUGUCAGAACUACAUGAUUCUUGUCCUGUGUAGUGUUCUUACACAUUUUCCUUACUCAUUCAAAGUAAUCUGUGUUUGAAUCAGAUCAGUUGGAAACUGCAUCUUGUGCUGCAUGCUUUAUUCAUGAAGUAAAAUGAUUGACUUUUGGGUUUGUUCUUUUUGUUCUUGUUUUUCUUUAUUUUUUGAUAGUAUUAGUUUCUUACAGAUUGGUCAAGGAACUUACAGCAGUGUGUACAAGGCUCGUGAUGUCACCCAUAACAAACUUGUGGCUCUGAAAAGGGUUCGGUUCGAUAACACGGAUGUUGAGAGUGUGAAAUUUAUGGCUAGGGAAAUACUCAUUUUAAGAAGGCUCAAUCACCCUAAUAUAAUUAAGCUGGAGGGCUUGGUGACUUCAAGUACAUCUUCUAGUUUGCAUCUUGUGUUCGAAUAUAUGGAGCAUGAUCUCACGGGCCUGGCAUCACGUCCUGAGAUUAAGUUUACCGAACCACAGGUUAAAUGUUAUAUGAAGCAAUUGCUUAGUGGAUUAGAUCAUUGCCAUAGUCAUGGUGUUCUGCAUCGAGAUAUAAAGGGCCCAAAUCUUCUACUUGACAACAAUGGCGUGUUGAAGAUUUCGGAUUUUGGUUUGGCAACCUUCUUUGAUCGUAAUAGAGACAUUCCACUAACAAGUCGUGUUGUCACUCUUUGGUAUAGACCUUUAGAACUCUUGCUUGGAGCAAGCCAUUAUGGAGCUGCAGUGGAUUUAUGGAGUGCUGGCUGCAUACUUGGAGAACUUUAUAAUGGCCAGCCUAUUAUGCCCGGUAGAACGGAGGUUGAACAAAUUCACAAAAUCUUCAAGCUUUGUGGCUCCCCAUCAGAGGACUACUGGAUGAAAGCAAAAAUCCCAAAGGAUUUUAAGCCUUCACUACCUUAUAAAUGCCGUCUUGCGGAAGCAUUCAGGGAUUUUCCUGCUCCUGCUGUGAGGCUAAUGGAGGUUUUACUUUCCAUAGAUCCUGCACAACGUGGAAGUGCCGCUAUGGCCCUUAGAAGUGAGUACUUUAAAACAGAACCCUUUGCUUGUGAUCCAUCAAGUUUGCCUAAGUACCCUCCCAGCAAGGAGUUUGAUGCAAAAUUGCGAGAUGAAGAUGCUAAAAGGCGAGCUGCCUUAAGAGUUGAGGGCCACAAAGUUGAUUCUGAAACUAGGGGAUUGAAGGAUAUGCGUGAUGCUCCAGUAGUUCCUGCUGAUGCUUAUAUAACCUCAACAAUGCAGAGGAGGCAUGGUCAUCCCAAUCCAAGGAGUCGUAGCGGGAUAUUGAAGCCCCACAGUGAUGAAGCAGCUGUCGAUCCACCUAGACUGUUGAAAGAUGCUAAAGAAACCAGUAAACCCAUGGUGGAACAUCCUCACCAGAGAACAACAUCUUUCUCUGGCCCUUUGGGUCCUGGGGGAUGGUCAGUGUCAGGAAAGAAAUAUGAAGAUGUCACAUUUGUCUCGAGAAAUAAUCUAUCAACUUUGUCUGGCUUAGUUGCAACUCGGACUUUGGCUUCUGAAGAUUCAAGAGAGAAGCUCUCAAGAGACAAGCUCAGACCUUCAUACACAGUGAAAGAAAAUCACUUUCAGGAAUCUUUGAAGUCAUCAGGUGAAUCAGUAGUAAAGCAAGAUCAGAGACAUCGGAUACAGAAUGUAUCUAGUUCUCGGUAUACAGAAACAGAAAAGGCUACAAAAGGGCCAGUAGCGUAUGGUCAUCCUAGCAAGGGAAGCAAGAUCCAUUUCUCUGGUCCGUUAGGCGUCCCUCCCAACAAAGUGGAUCAAAUGCUGAAGGAACACGAUCGGCAGAUUCAAGAAGCAGCUCGACGAACUAGGCUCGACAAGACAAGAAUAAACAGAAAUGAUGUCCAACAUAUGCAAACAACGACGAAUGCUUUAUACACGUCGUCUUACAAGGCAAGGUAGAUUUUUUCCCCUGACAUACUUAGGAGACACAGAUAAAGAGGGUUCCGUAUUGUAUAAAUUAAAUAGUCCCUGUACAGAUGUGAGAUUGAUUUUAGUUUGCUCGCCUUAUUUACGGCUCAUCUCACUUUGAGUAGUUUUAGAUCACAAUUUAAUAAAGCAAAUUGUGAUGUAGAUUUUGAUAUCUCCAUUUUGUGCAAAGUGUAUCUAUGUUUUGGUAGCAGCCCUUUAUAGCUUUGAAAGCCAUUGCAGGUUAUAUAUAAAUUGAAGCUAGGUAUCUUAAAGUAUUUAUGUUGCAAAGUGGAUAUGUUACUUUUUGAGCGGUAACUCUCAGGAAUUGUAGUAACUCCCUAUUUGUAGCAGAAUGGAUUUGGUAGAUUAUUAGAACAAUCAUAAUUUCAUGAAGACUAAUAGAACACACUUUUAGGAUUAUUACAUUUUAUUUAUUUAUUGUCUUGGUGUGUAAGAAACUCACAGUCCCAUUUCCAGUUGUCGAAUAGGGAACAUCGGUCG